GUGUCCAGUCCUAAGAGAUGGAGGCUCUAAUUCCCAUCAUCAACCGGCUCCAGGAAGUCUUCAUGACAGUGGGGGCAAAGAUCAUACAGCUGCCUCAGAUAGUGGUGGUUGGAUCGCAGGUCAGUACAGAAUAAAAAUGCAAGAAUCAACUGUUACCUGUUACACUGGGUAAUUGUGUUAUUGUUGAAAUGAACAGGCCAGUGUCCAGGGAGAUGGAGAAAGUAUGUGUUAUUGUUGAAAUGAACAGGCCAGUGUCCAGGGAGAUGGAGAAAGUAUAAAUAAUAGCAAUGAAUCAUUAAUGUAGUUAAGUGUCAAAGCCUUUCUAAAAUCAGAGCAGUGGCAAGAGUUCUGUGUUGGAGAGCCUGGUUGGAAGGGAUUUUUUGCCUCGGGGAUCAGGGAUAGUCACACGGCGACCCCUAGUGUUACAGCUGGUUAAUGUGCCCCCAUUGGCGGAGAGGAUUCUGCAAGAAAAUGGUAUGGACUUGACACAGAAACAGAGAUGUGAUUGUCACUUUAAAUGCUAUCUCAUGUUGCUUCUCGCAGACAUACAGUACACUGGACACACUUACACAAACCAAACCCAGUCCAGUCGACAUUAUUCAAUGAAUUUCAAUAUUAUCUUGCAUGCAUGUAGUUUCACUCACUGGAUAAAGCCCAAGUGGUCUUUCAGAGAUUUUGUCUCUCUUUUCUAACAUUAUAUUUACUUUCCCUUCUUCACUGCUUUUCUCAGGAAAUGGAGUAAAACAAAAUGCAAACUGCUACCCAGGUCUUUAAUUCCAUAGUUUAACUGCAUGGACCUGUUGUGUUGUCAUUCGUCUUAAUAUCGUCUUGUCAUCCUCAUCGUCUUUCAUUUCCUCUGUCUAAUCAUCACAUCAACUUACAAACUCUUUGUCUCUGUCAUAAUGCCUUCUAUUCUGAUAAACCCCAUCCAAGUCUAUGUUUUAUAUGUGAUAUUAAUAUUGCCUUUAUGUUUGCACAUUAUUUUACACUCAUUCCUUUAUAUUUUGUCAAGGGAUUAAGGCUGAGGAAUGGGGCACGUUCCUUCACAGCCAGAACCAGGUAUGUGGCACUAUCAUUCGCUAUGCACAUCUAUUUAGCUGUUUUGCAAUGAACAUUGUGAGUGUUUCCAUAUUUUUAGAACGGCAUUGCAUUGUCUGAGAGUCUUGGUACUGUAUCUCCAGUGUUGUAGUUCUCGAGUCCGGUCUCGAGACCACAUCUUGAGUGUCUUGGUCUUGUCUCAGUGUCGGAUAUAGUUGUACUCGGUCUUGACUUGGUCUCAGACAGUGAGGACUCGUAAUUUCUUCCCGAGACCAGCGGAGUAAAAAAACUAAAUUAUCAGCUUCCAGUCAGUCAGCACAUAAAACCGCUUCGCCAGGCCAAAUAUAUACACUCCUUUCUUGAAACAUGAAUAUCUUAACAGCCUUUAUAUCUAUUAUAGACAUGUUUGCGCAGUGGCGCAGUGCGACAGGUUUGUGAUUCUGAAAGGACAGCAACCGUAAGACCAGUGCAUUCAUGUAGGAGAGGGCACUUUUUGUAAAACAAAAAGGGCCAGUGGUGUAGUGGAGGGUAUACGCAGGUAUAAGCCGUAUACCCACUUUCUUUUCAGUGGGCAUUGCUUAUACUCACGUAAUCUCUACUGAUGUGUAUCAAAGUAGUGUAGUGGAGGUAUACGGCUUACAGUAUCAAUUAUGUAGUACAAUAGACAAAUAUAUUCACAUGCGCGCCGCACACAUAGCCUAGUUUCAGUGGAAUGUCAUCUGCAGGCAGCAAGAGUGUGCAGCUCUCAGCUGGUUUUGGCAUGGAGCAGCUAACAGAAGAAUGACAUCGGUAGGGUAGGAAAGACGUUUCAACUUAAAUAUACCAGUAAAUGCUGACUAAGGCAACAAUGGGUAUGCAAACCAGGUAUUGGAAAAGUUUAGUCCGUAGUGUUGUUUAGUAGGCUGUUUGUAAUGCGCAAUUGUCGUCAUGCCUGUUUGCAUCAGGGGCGUAGACAUGGAUGGGCCUGGGUGGACAGAGGCCCACCCACUGGGGAGCCAGGCCCUGGCAGGUCCACCCAAUCAGAUUUAUGUGGUUUUAAUCAUUGUUGUGGACUUAGGCGAUCAAAUGUUGGUAUUUUUUCCACAAAAAAAAGAAGUGUGAUUUUGAGAGUGAAAAUCAGAAAAAUCGGUAGAACUCAUUUUUUUAAUACAUAGGAAAACAUAUACGUUUUCACACAGGGUGCCUUUCCUUUGCUGGGCGGGCCUUUUGGGAACUUUUUUGGCAAAAUUUGAGUAUACCCACUUCUCCAGGCACCACUGCAUAGGGCAGAUGUAAAGACAGCAGUCACACACAGCAUGAUGUUAAAGGAUAAGCAGUCCAUAAACUUGGACAUAAUAAGCCAAUAGGUCCCAAUCAUAAGAAUACAAAAACGCAACCAUUAAGCAUUUCCCAAUCGAAAUUUACAACUAUUACUUCCCAUUGCAAAAAACAUUUCACGUUUAGCACACAACAUAAGCGGUGACCUAAAGUUUAAAAGUGGAACUGACAGCGUUUUAACUACUUUGCAGAUAUGAAACAGACAAUCAUAAUAUCAGUCAAAAAUAUCAAAUUGCCAGUUUAUGCUACAAAACCAACUUUAUAAGAUAUUUUAAAAAUAGGUUAUAUUUGACUCAAUGUUCCAUGAUGUACACUAAGGCAUUGUUGGCAGAAUAGAUGGAGCCAGUUCAAUGUAUGAUUCAUAUAAUUCACCAAUACAUUUCUUGGUAGUCCAAAAAACAUUACUAUCAGGUUGUAAAUCACAGCUGGCCUGGUACAUUGUUUGCUGCCUCCAUUCGGGAUGCACUGUUUCAUUUUCAAUGACUCAAUAUUCUGGACAAAAAACAGACGAAUGUAACUAAGGCUGGGAAUGUCAAUACAAUCAAAGGCAAUGAUCACAAGUCAGUCCUAACGUGGCUAAUAGGCUAGCGUAUCUAUUUAUGUAGCAAGCUUAAAACACAGAGCCUAACGUUAGGUAGCUAGCUAGCUGCUAGGAGGAUGUCAUGCCAUUGGAGGAGUGGGUGAGUGACUGACUUUUUCCCUUCAUAUUGUUUUUCGGCCAACUAGCUGAAAAGGUUUGAGAGGGUUUAUCUAAUGUUCCUUCGUUAGAUUUUAGCUCAUCUUGCUCUGGCUAGCAUUAGUUGUUGUUCUUGUUGUUGUUGAUGUGGAUAACUGAGGGAGAGAGACCCUACCUUUUUUCAUGGUUGUUUGAUCAAUAGGACUGUAAAGUUCCCAAAUGUAAGAGGACUCCCGUGGUGUUUACAUAUUUACUGAAAUCCAUUCAGGUGUAUUUAGUGGCUUUUGGCGAAUGCUUUCUAAUGAUCUAAAGUUGCGCUGUUGCAACUGCCUGUAAACACACAGUCCAGUUCAAAGUGAAUGAUGGCAGGCCCGUGUGGCAAAUGGCUUGUUUGUAUAAAGGUCUACUGUAGCUCUGAUUGGCUAUAGCGCACCGGUCUGUGUAGACUCUGGUCCUGGACAAGAUUUAUGUUUUUAUUCAGUUUUAUUUACUGCAGUGUCUUAAUUGUUCAAACGCACGCUCCCUUCCCCACUCUAUAUUGCUAUAGAAUUUUCACAAAUGCCUUAGUAUACGUAAUUUACUAAGAAUUUAUGAAAACUUGAAAAUGACCAUAUCUAAGUGGUCGCUUGUCAAUUGUUUUUUGAAAAGUGUAAUUCUUCUUGGGGGUGUAUAUGAACAGAUUUUAAUAAGAUUUCAUGUUGCUAAAAUGCUGUCAGUUCCACUUUAAAUGCAACAAUAUUUCACACACAAGUUAUUUUCAAAGAGAUGGCUAACAACAGCAAGCGCGCUGCAAUAAAAAACACAGUUCUACUCACCAGAUGAUGAUCAUUUAAAACAUAACUUCUUGUUGAAAGUUAUUCUUGAAAAGGGAGACGAUAACAAAUUAGCAGCAAAAUCCUUUUUGAUAACACCUGCUGCAGCCGGUGCAAACUAGCUGACAACAAAAGCUAGCUAGUUAGACCGUGGGACAACUACUGCUCGCUAAUGCGCAGUGACCUGUUGGACUUCAAGAAGGCAGAAGUUUCCAUAUGUUUUUGUGAAAACGGUCCCCUCAUUAAGUCAAAAUGUGAUUGGUUGAUUCCACUGUCACUCCAAAAUGUUGCCCUAAUACAGUUGAAUGGCAGAUACCUUUAUCUAGCUUCUGAUGGCCUUGCCAAUGGCUGACUUAGCUCGCUAAGUAUCCCAUCUCUCUGUUUGCAUUAUAGGUUUUCACAGAUUUCCUGGAGAUUCGCAAGGAGAUUGAAGAAGAGACUGAACGUAGCUCGGGAGGCAACAAGGUUAGGAUAAAUAGUUGUGGAUAAAUAUGGCUUAUCUCUAGUUUAUGAGCUACUGAUUUAAUUUAUCUGCUUCUCUCUCCAUCCAUAUUUCCUCUUGUGGCCCCUAGGGAAUCAGCCCUGAGCCCAUCUAUUUGAAGAUUUUCUCUCCUUAUGUCCUCAAUCUUACACUGGUUGACUUGCCAGGAAUAACCAAGGUAAACCCAUCCAGUGUGUUAAUCCCACUUACUUGAAUAUGCACAACUAUGAUUUUUGAAAACAAAUACAUGUGUAUAUUUAUUUACAGUAAUGUAGAGUUAUUUAUUUAUGUAUUGUUGAUGUUCAAGGUUCCAGUUGGAGACCAGCCAGAGGACAUAGAAGCUCAAGUCCAAGAGAUGGUCCUAUCCUUCAUCUCCAACCCCAACUCCCUUAUCCUCUCAGUGUCUCCUGCCAACUCUGACUUGGCCACCUCUGAUGCCCUCAAACUGGCCCGUGAGGUCGACCCAGAUGGUGAGGCAUACUGUACACUUAUGCUCCUUAAUUUUUCAUUUAAUGUCUUUUCAGUGUAUAUGUAUUGAUUGUUCAUUGAUAUAAAUGUCAGUAAACCUGGUCAAUGUUACUUUUUAGGUUUGACCUCAGUAAACUUUAAGAUUAGUGACUCCUAUAUACACAACACAUUUUAGAGGACAUAAUGAACUGCCAUUCAAGUGCUGCUAUUGUGUGUAUAUAUAGAGAGAGCGAGCCAUAGACAAAAGGGAUGUGUCUUUACCCAGCUUUUGUGCCCAUGUGUGUCUUGCAGGCCGUGGGAACACUGCUGGUGGUCAGUAAGCUGGACCUGAUGGACGCAGGGACAGAUGCUCUGGAAGUCUUACUGGGUCGGGUCAUUCCAGUGCGGCUUGGAAUUGUGGGAGUGGUCAACAGGUUUGUCUAUAUCGUAUACCUAUAACUUAUCUAACAGACGUAUCGAAUUCUUACUGGAUGAUGUCACCUCGAUGCUUAAAAAGAUGCAGCUCCAUAGCAGUGGAAGAUGGCAUACAAAAAUUUGACCAAUGUACCACAUAUCUAUCAGACUGAGUAUGAAGGAUCUGAAUCAUUAUGGUCGUUAAAUUAACUCUGGUACCCUCAGAGACCUUAAAGCUAUAAACAGCAAAUGUUCCAAUGUCCCUGCUAUUCACCAGCUCAAUUUGGUUGCAUCUGCCAAACAAUCAUUCAGCAAUUAAAGAUUUAUGUCUCCACACUUUGAGAUCGAUAUUAGGUUCUCACACACCUUGCUGAAAUAUGUGUGCCAUGUCUUACUCAUUGGGUUCUAGCACAGGGCUGAUGUAUGAGUUAUGUGAGUAAUUUUUCACCAAGGGUGCAGAAUUGCAAAAAAUAUAUCCACCCCUCAGAGGCUGAAAUGGUAAGUCAUUUUCAGAAGUAAUUUCACUGAGCUGAGUCAAUCAUAGCAACCCCCAGGGAAGGCUGUCUGAAGUCAGGAGGCUAGCACACUCCCCCAGAGUGCUGAAGAUUAGUUUUAAGGAAACUUUACAGCUACAGUAACGGCCAUUUCAAAAGUGCUUCAUCCUAUAAUUGAGGUGUAUCAUUUCCUGCUAUGCUGGAGAUAACUGGUGACUAUUUGAUUACGCAGAGCCACUGUGAAGUCUUCUGUAACUCCAGCUGUCACUCUCCACCUCUCUCCCUGCCAGGAGCCAGCAUGACAUCAACACCCAGAAAAGCAUAGAGGACAUGGCGCGGGACGAGCAGGCCUUCCUCCAGUGCCACUACCCGUCUCUGGCCUCCCGCUGCAGCUCUCGCUACCUGGCCUGCACCCUGAGCCGCUUGCUCAUGCACCACAUCCGGGACUGCCUGCCGGAGGUGAAGACCCGUGUGACGGUGCUAAGUGCCCAGUACCAGGCCCGGCUCAGCAGCUACGGCCAGCCUGUAGAGGACCACAGCGCCACCCUGCUGCAGAUCGUCACCAAAUUUGCCAGCGACUACUGCAAAACCAUCGAGGGCACCGCCACGCACAUCCAGACAUCUGAGCUGUGAGUAGUUCAACAGCUUUAGGCUACUUUAUCAAGGCACCAGUCAUCUUUCAGUAUUUUAUAUUGUAUUAGAGCGACUCGCAUCAUUGACCACCAAGUAUCUACCAACCACCUAGAUGCUGUACAGCAGCCAUCUUGUGACAGAAAACUCACCACACAAUGGUUAUUCUGCUGAAUGCAUUUCACUUAGGCAGGCGUUUAUUUUUUGAUAUAUUUUUAGGGGGUAGAACAGCUUUAAUACUGCAGAUAGAUUGUAGCUUCCAUCAAUGAAAUUGUCUGCAUCAUUUCCAAUUCCCCAUAUUUUUUGGGAUAUAUAUAUAUAUUUUAGUACCGGUCAAAAGAUUGGACACACCUGCUCAUUCAAGGGUUUUUCUUUAUUUUUACUAUUUUCUACAUUGUAGAAUGAUAGUGAAGACAUCAAAACUAUGAAAUAACACAUAUGGAAUCAUGUAGUAAACAAAAAAGUGUUGAACAAAUCAAAUUAUAUUUGAGAUUCUUCAAAGUAGCCACCCUUUGCCUUGAUGACAGCUUUGCACUCUCUUGGCAUUCUCUCAACCAGCUUCACCUGGAAUGCUUUUCCAACAGUCAUGAAGGAGUUCCCACAUAUACUGAGCACUUGUUGGCUGUUUUUCCUUCACUCUGCGUUCCAAAUCAUCCCAAACCAUCUCAAUUGGGUUGAGGUCGGGUGAUUGUGGAGGCCAGGUCAUCUGAUGCAGCACUCCAUCACUCUCCUUCUUGGUCAAAUAGCCCUUACACAGCCUGGAGGUGUGUUGGGUCAUUGUCCUGUUGAAAAACAAAUGAUAGUCCCACUAAGCCCAAACCAGAUUGGAUGGCGUAUCGCUGCAGAAUGCUGUGUUAGCCAUGCUGGUUAAGUGUGCCUUGAAUUCUAAAUAAAUCACUGACAGUGUCACCAGCAAAGCACACCCACACCAUCACACCUCCUCCUCCAUUCUUCACGGUGGGAACCACACAUGCGGAGAUCAUCCGUUCACCUACUCUGCGUCUCACAAAGACAUCAGACUAAAGGACAUAUUUCCACUGGUCUAAUGUCUAUUGCGCAUGUUUCUUGGCCCAGGCAAGUCUCUUCUUCUUAUUGGUGUCCUUUAGUAGUGGUUUCUUUGCAGCAAUUUGACCGUGAAGGCCUGAUUCACGCAGUCUCCUCUGAACAGUUGAUGUUGAGAUGUGUCUGUUACUUGAACUCUGUGAAGCAUUUAUUUGGGAUGCAAUCUGAGGCGCAGUUAUUCUAAUGAACUUAUCCUCUGCAGCAGAGGUAACUCUGGGUCUUCCUUUCCUGUGGCGGUCCUCAUAAGAGCCAGUUUCAUCAUAGCGCUUGAUGGUUUUUGCGACUCCACUUGAAGAAGCCUUCAAAGUUCUUGAAAUGUUCCGUAUUGAUUGACCUUCAUGUCUUAAAGUAGUGAUGGACUGUCGUUUCGCUUUGCUAAUUUGAGCUGUUCUUGCCAUAAUAUGGACUUGGUCUUUUACCAAAUAGGGCUAUCUUCUGUAUACCACCGCUACCUUGUCACAACGCAACUGAUUGGCUCAAACGCAUUAAGAAGGAAAUAAAUUCCACAAAUUAACUUUUAACAAGGCACACCUGUUAAUUGAAAUGCAUUCCAGGUGACUACCUCAUGAAGCUGGUUGAGAGAAUGCCAAGAGUGUGCAAAGCUGUCAUCAAGGCAAAGGGUGGAUACUUUGAAGAAUCUCAAAUAUAUUUGGAUCAGUUUAACACUUUUUUUGGUUACUACAUGAUUCCACAUGUGUUAUUUCAUAGUUUUGAUGUCUUCACUAUUAUUCUACAAUGUAGAAAAUAGUAAAAAUAAAGAGAAACCCUGGAAUGAGUAGGUGUGUCCAAACAUUUGACUGGUACUGUGUGUAUAUAUAAUAUAAACGUUCCUUUAUUAUUUUCCCCUAACCCUACCACCCCUCCCCUAAUUGGAGUAAACUAAUGGACAACAAUACUUAGUCUUCUACAUACUUAAUACAUUUUAUGGACACAAUGUAUUUUACAAUAGUUAUAUUUUGUUCAUCCUUCAGCUACCAUCAACCCCUCCCAUCUAUCUCUGAAGACCAUCCAGUUAGAUUUCUAUUUUGCCAUAUUUUUUUAACUGUGCUGUUUCACAGAAGUUCUGAACCUAUAUACAUUUUACGGACACACUAUAUUUUACAUUAGUUAUCUUGUUGUUUUAAUCAACGACUCCCAUCAAUCUCUUAACACCAUCCAUUUGUUAUUUCUAUUUGGCAUAUAUUUGUCAACUGUGCUGUGAUGUUUCACGAAAGUUCGGAAUCUUUUCUAUUCUCAUAGUUUCUACAGAUUGUAAAUUAAAGAAACAUUUUUACUAAAAGUAUUAUUAUAUUAUUGAUCGAUUGACUAUGACUUUUCAAAUCACCCAGUAGUGCUAUCUGCAGAGUUAGCUCCAGGUAAAUGUUGCAGGCGUUUAUUGUAUUUCUUGCCCUCAUUGUAAUUUUGUAGGUGUUCAUGUAUUGGCAUUUCAUAUCUUGCAGCUUCAUUUCAAUAGCUCUUGUACCGCUCACUGAUUUAUUGAUUUCCUCAAGCAUGUGAAGCAAGUAUGGACCCAGUCUGGCUGACUGCAUCUGAAGUUGACAUCCCUCACACACAGCCACUGAUACGGCUUCCUCUGUCCUCCUCUCUUGUCAGCUGCGGAGGGGCUCGGAUCUGCUACAUAUUCCAUGAGACCUUUGGCCGCACUCUUCAGUCUAUCGACCCCCUGGGGGGCUUAACGGAGCUCGACAUCCUCACUGCAAUCCGCAAUGCUACGGUAAUAACCACCAGCUCCAAUCUCAUAUCAGCUCCAAUUGCAUUGUCUGUGUGUAGGUUAAACAGAUCUUUGAAUAGUUUUCCAUUGAAGCUAAUGGCUGGAGAGAAGCUCAUAAGUUAUGAAUCCAGGCUCUGUCGUAGCCGGCCGCGACCGGGAGACCCAUGGGGCGGUGCACAAUUGGCCCAGCGUCGUCCAGGGUAGGGGAGGGAAUGGCCGGCAGGGAUGUAGCUCAGUUGGUAGAGCAUGGCGUUUGCACGGGGGGCCAGUAUGAAAAAAAUUAAAAUUAUGUAUGCACUCGCUCUGGAUAAGAGCGUCUGCUAAAUGACUAAAAUGUAAAUGUAAUGUUAAUAGAGGGCUGUGUGUGUGGUGCCUCAGGAUCCGCGGCCGGCCCUCUUUGUGCCUGAGAUCUCCUUUGAGCUGCUGGUGAAGAGGCAGAUGAAGCGUCUGGAGGAUCCCAGCCUGCGCUGUGUGGAGCUGGUCCACGAGGAGCUACAGAGGAUCAUCCAGCACUGCUCCUCCUACAGCACACAGGUAGGCUACACACUGCACAACACAUACUACAAAGCAUACACUUAAAGAUCUGACAACCCUAAAGCAAAUUGUAAUAUAAUUGUCUCUCUAUAUGUAUCCUGGCAUGCUGUGUGUUUGUCAGGAGCUCCUUCGGUUUACCAAGCUGCACGACUCCAUUGUGGAGGUGGUAACUAGUUUACUCAGGAAGCGCUUGCCCAUUACUAAUGACAUGGUAAGACAGUUCAUUUUUGUGAUUAACUUUUUUUAUUUAUUACAGAAAACGUACUGAAUAUAAUUAUUCUACAAUUUUAAUGCUAUUCCUUACUGGCCGUCUGUCUGUGUUUGUGGAUGAUUCUGAGCACCCAUCUGUUUCAGGUCCACGACUUGGUUCAAAUUGAGCUUGCUUACAUCAACACAAAGCACCCAGAAUUCACUGAUGCUGCUCAGGUCUCAGCAUCUGUCAACAGUCAACAGGUAAUUCUGUCUCCACUCAAAGUAGAUGUUCUGCUUUCAUGCAUGUAGAUGAGCCUAAUGUUGACCAGAGUGUGAUGCUGUCUUUUCAUGCCAGAAUGGACUUCACUUUUGAGGAAUUUCACUAAGCCAGUUGUGAAAUUUACUUGAAUGACUUUAACACGAUACUAGAACAGUCAAACUGAAUUGAACCCCUCAUUUCACCUCUUUUUAGGACCUGCAGGAUGGAGAGAAACACUGGACGAAUGAGAAAGUGGUGGAGGAGAAGGCGCCAGUGGCAGGUUUCAGCAGCCCUGUGAAGGGCCAGGCCAUUAACCUCCUGGACACAGUGCGUAAUGGAAUCAGCAGUGGGACUAAGCAGUCAGAACUGAUCCAGCGCUAGCCUGUAGAGCAGCAUUGUAUGUGAUUAGAUCUGUGACAAGAUUGUAACAUCUGACCCCUUUUCUGUUUGCCAGGCUGUGCGGGUGUCCCGCAAGCUGAGUACCCGGGAGCAGAGAGACUGGAGGUCAUCCAACGCCUCAUCAAAUGCUACUUCCUCAUCGUCCGCAAGAGCAUUCAGGACAGGUCAGAGACCAGAGCUCCAGGGCAUCUAGGGGUGUUAUUUAUGUAUCCAGUUAGUGGUGAGUUGAGUUGAGCCUUGUCUGUCCUGGUGUGUUAGCUAACUGUGUGUCUUUGGACUUGUGUGCCAAAGACGGUGAUGCACUUCCUGGUGAACUUUGUGAAGGAGCAUCUGCAGAGUGAGCUGGUGGGCCAGCUGUACAAACAGAACCUGCUGCAGGGGCUGCUUAUCGAGUCCCAGGAUACAGCACAACAGAGGACAGAGGUGGCCCAGAUGCUGGAGGUACUGAAUGGGUGCUACUGGUACCACUACUCUUACUGGGUGUAGACUCAGGCACUUUGUAUUGUACUUUCUGUUUCUCCCUUUAACACCGGUAUCCUCUCUCGCUCUUCCUUUCUUAUCUUCCUUUCUCUCCUUCCUCAGGCUCUUCAAAAAGCCAGCAACAUCAUCUUGGAGAUCCGGGAGACACCUGUG